AUGGCACUGUUUCUCAGCUUAUGUGUAGUGCCAAAGCUAAUGCUGAACGGUGCAUGUGUAAACGUCACAGCAGCAGCGAAUGGGUCAUCCGCACUCCAGCUACCUCUUCGAGCCACUGGGGAUGAGUAUAGAUUUGAAUCUAUAUGUAUUUCAUGUCAUGUCGACAGGUGCAGUGGCAUAGGGAGUGACACAGCUGCUGGUUUUGAGCAGAUGAAAAUCUUCGCAAUUGUGACGUUCCUGCUCCUGUCUUCUCUCGCUGUCUCCUACAUACCGGAUGGAGAUAUGGGUAUCUGGCGCCGGCGGACCAACUGGACGCCGUUGGACCCGUCGCAGCCCAUAUUACAGCCAUCCAUUGGACCCGUCGCAACCCCUUCUAUAGCGUCGAGGCAUCAACUCGACGCCAGUGGACCCGUCGUCUCUGACUCGUUAACUGCUGCUAUACACCGGACUCUUCUGCGAGCACAGCCGCAAGAUGAUGUUGUGUUGGCGAACAUCCCGAACGACAGCAUCAAGUGA